AUCGCGGAUUGCAGAGGAAGACAGACUCCCAAUUUCCUCGCAAAAUUAGAAAAGAAAAGAAAAGAAAAAGAAGGAAGAAGAGAGGAACAAUUCCCAAUUGUCCAACGAGCCCAGAUCCAAAGCCCAAAUUUUUUCGGCCCAUAGCCCGCCCACGCCCUCCUGACAUCUCCCACUCCACUCUCCUCCGUCCUCUCCCAGAUCCAGUGAUCCACCCACCUACCUGCCCGCCACCCAGCUCUGGUCGCCGGCGAUGGCCGUGCCCCUCCCCAUCCCGAUCCCGCCGGCGCUUCUCCAUGCCGCCGCGUCGCUCGCGCUCGCGGCCGCCGCCCACUUCCUCCACCUCCCCUCACUCCUCCUUUACUCCCUCCACACCUACAUCCACCCGGACGCCGUCCCCUCCAACACCCCGCGCGCCGUCCUCCGCUCGCCCGGAUCCAACGCCGGCCCCACCCCCUCCUCCAAGCGCAGCGCCGCCAACGCCAACGCCUCCCCGUUCGACGCCACCUCUGCGCAGCUCUACCGCCUCCGCCUCUCCCACGGCACGCUCGCCACGCGCCCCCACUUCGCCGCCUACCACCUCGCGCUUCUCCUUCCGAUCGCGCUCCUUCCGCCCGCGCUCCUCCUCCCGGCUGCCUCCGCGGUCUCCCCGCUCGCGCCGCUCGUCCCCGCGGCCUACCUCUUCGUGGCGCUCCUCCGCCACGUCGUGCUCCCGUCGCCGCGCCCCGCGCUGCUCGCCGCUGCCCUCGGCGCGCUCCUGGUCGCCACGCUGCUGUCCUUUAGCCCCUUCGCCGGCGCGCUCGCUUCGCUCGCCGCGCUCCCGGCCGCGCGGUUCGCUCGCGCAUUCUGGCUCGGUACCGACCAGCCCCGCACCGGGCUCGCGGUGCUCGCAUCCUCCGCGCCCGCGCGCCUCCUCCUCCACCUCGCCGUCCUCGUCUCCUCCGCGGCCUCGAUUCUACAAUGCUGCGGGUUCUUGGACGGCGUUGAGCUGGAGGUGAGGCUGCUCGCCCUUGCAGCUGGGCUGCAGCUGCUGGCCGCGCGGGCGGCUGUGCAGAUGUACCUCAACGAGGCCGUGUUCUGCUGGUACCAGCGGCUGCACGCGAGCCGUGCGCCGGACACAGAGUAUGGCCGGGCUAAGGUGUUCCUGCACAACCACCACCUCUGCGCGGUGGCGACGCAGCUCGUCGCACCAUCGUUGCUUGUGCUGUCACUGCUGGCGCUGUGGCGGGUGCAAGGGAAGGACUUCUUUGAGGGCGUUGAGGGAUGGUCGGGUGCAAGGGACUGGCUUGUCGGAUGGUCUGUUGCCAUGAAGGAGGCGUCAUUGCUUGCAGCCCGUUGGGUCGUGGCUGUCUGGUCGGCGGUGACUGUGGGCACGCUCGUGUGCUACAAACGUGGUUGGUUAUUCGUGUUGUGAUCAAUCUCUCUUAGCUUCUUUCCUGCCUGUGUGAUUGCUUCAGAUGGAGUUGAUAGAGCGAGAUCCCAAGCCGGAUUGCCGGAGUUUUGGUACCACGGCACAGGUUUUUCUGCGCACUUCUUUUGUUGCAACAGCAAUGUUGGAUCAAUUCUUUUGAUUUUCUUCUGUCUGUUCUUACUGGAUAAGCAAUUUGAGAUCAGAUUUUUUUCCCCCUUUGGGGGUGGAGUAAUGUAGCAGAGAACUGACUGGUCAGUUACCCAGUUGUACUCUUUGAUGGAUAUCAAUGGAUCAUUUUUUUAAUCAA